AUGCCUUCUACAAAAAUAAAAACAAAAGGUAAUUAUGGAAGUGAUAAAAGUAGUGGUAGUAGUACAGGAACAGAAGAAACAAUUGAACAAAAAAAUUAUAAUGAUUUACCAGCAUACACAAUUGUUAAAAGAAAAUACAAAAAUAAUAUUGUUUAUAUUUGUAAUGGUCAAUAUUUCCAUUCUUUAAGAGCUGCUCAAGAAUGUCUCAAAAAAUUAAAUAAUGGAAAAGAAAUUAUUUCAGAUAAAUCUUCAAAUACAAAUAGUGAAAGUUCAUCGGAUGUAAAUAGAAAAUCAAAUAGUACAUCAUCCAAUAUGUCGAGUGAUUCUUCAAGUUCAAAUUCUAAAACAAGUUAUAAAGAAUAUGCUCCAAAAAGAUCAUUUAAAUUAGAAAAAGAAUUUAUACCAGCUCCUGAAUUAAUUAAUAAUUAUUCUACAAAAAAAUAUAUUUUAAAUCGGAGACGUUUAUUACGUUCUUCUACACCAAGAUCUCCUGAAAAUUCAUUUAAAAUACGCCAACAAGCUGCACAAGAAAAACAUAUUAAAAGAAUCUCUGGACAACGAUCUCCUGCAAAAAUAGCAAAUAUAGAUACAUUUUCUUCAACUAUUAAAAGAGUUAAAUAUUUACCAAGCCCAAAUAGUAUUAUAAGACAUAUUUCAAAAGAAAGAAUAUUAUCUGAUUCAAUGUCAUUUAGACCAAGAAAUAGAAAAUAUACACUUUAUACUAAAACAUCUAAUCCAGAAUAUGAAUUAUAUGAAAAAUUUAAUAUUGAUAGUGUUGUAGGUAAAGAUCCAUUUAGUAAUAGAAUAUGGCAUGCAAUAUGGGAUAGUUGUAAUUAUAAAUGUUUUUCAUUAAAUAAUUAUAGACAAUUUAGAACAAGAUUAUUUACUGAAAUAAAUAUAUAUAGAAGGCAUCAUAAUGUAAAACCAUUAGUUGAAAAUACAAAACUUCAUAUAUUAAGUGAAAGGCAUGCAAGAAGAAUAGCAUAUGAAAAAACAUUAAGAAGAGACACAUUAACAGAGUAUGGAGAAACAUUAGGAGCAGCUUAUUAUCCAGCAGGAUCAUUAAUAGUAAAAAAAUGGUAUGAUGAAAAUAAAUAUUAUAAAUAUUCAACAAAUCAUCCAAAUUAUGGAUCGCAAAUGUUUACACAAUUAGUCUGGAAAAGCUCGCAACAAAUUGGCAUUGGUGUAGCUACAAAUGAUGAUAUUAUUUUUGUUGUUUGUAAAUUUUAUCCAAAAGGAAAUAUUAAUAAUCAGUAUAUAUACAAUGUUUUCAAAAGAAGAAAGGGUAUAUUAGGUUAA